AUGGACUUGGGACGCGCUGUUUUAUUCCCGGGGCAGCGUGCGGAGUUGCCGCCAUGUCACCAGUGCAGAGAACAUUUCGCUGCACAGAUUUCUCUGCCUCGGUUCUUCUUAUGCUUCCGCGAGUUCGAAAAAGAGUUGUCCUACCGAUCGGUGAAGUUCAGCUCAAUGGCACGUGGCAUUGGUUGGUGCUGUGUGCUUGCUGUAGUGGCGUUGCUUUGGCAGAGAGAGACGCUGGCAGCGCUUUCAGAGAGUGGGCAGACCCCUUUGCCGCUGGAAGCUAGGCUUCAGCAACUGCAUGUCGAGCUCCUUCUGGAGGACGUUGCGCUGUUGGUGGCAGUGGUUUUCGGAGUUCUUGCCCUCUACUUCCUGGGUCGUGGAUGCACGAGGUGUCGACCCCAAUCGUUCUUGGGCAUCCUUCGCGACGAGUUGAUGGGAGCUGGUGCUCUCAUCUUGCUGAUCGCGUGCGCCUCCUUUCUCGAUCCUGUCGGGCGGUCUGUGGUUCCCGAACAGGAGGACCAUGGCCUGGCCCGGUCACACAAGUUUGCCUCAGUGGCAUUGGCGUUGACGCAGCUGCUGGUACUCUUGGUGGUCGCAGCAGUACCUUUGAGGUUGUCCAUUCUUGCCAUGGUUCUACUGAGCACGGUGCCGCUGAGCAUCCUGUUGGACGAAGACGGGUUUGGAUGCCAGCUGAUUGGUAUCGCGCUUCCUUUCAUUUACCUCUCCUCCCGCAGCAGGGAGAUCACCAGCAGACAAGAGUUCAACUACUCAUGUCAGUGCCAGGAGAUGGCCAUGCAUCUCCAGGAGAAGGAGAUCGAAGCAAAGUCAAACAUGACCCUGGCACGCGGCAUGCAAAGCCUGGCUGGCCGCCGAUCGGACAUGGUCCUGAUCCUCACAUCGAACCUGGAGGUUUGGUGCUCCACUGCCCUGCAGGAUUUGUUCUUCCAGCAGGAAAUGGAUGGUCGGUCAUUCCUGGACGUCUUGCCGCUACAUCAGCACGAGCUGUUCCUCUCGGCGGUCUCCCGCGUCAAAGAACACAAGUCUGCUGAGUCACUGCCUGUCACCUUGACCCGCGGCUAUGCCAAGAUCAUCCUGGAAUACGCUGGAAGUGAGGAGGCCCGUUAUGUGAUGUCGAUCUUGCUGGACGAAGCAGAGGAUGAGGCAUUUCGCUACGACCAAUGCGCUCCACUGCGGAUUUCUUCGGCGAGGGGCUACGACCCAUCGCGGAAUCCCGACUCUGAAGGCGCCAGUUCAAGCAGGCAAAGAGCCAGCUUCAGCAAGGCGACGGAUAGCGAGGAUGAUUCGCUUUGCUACUCCGCCUCUCUGGUGAAGUGCAUGGACGAGAUUGACCGUAACUCAGAUGCUACGACGCGAUUUCGACGGCUUGAGCCAGAUGAAAGAUCGAUCAAGGCGAAAUGCCGCGACUCCGAGGUACAGGUCAACCUGGUUAGCUUGGACUUAGCGAGCCAAGCCACACAGACAGACUUGCACUUCUUGGAAGAUGAGCCGAUUUGCUCGAUGUGCAUGCGAGGGCGGCCUCCUCGUCCCAAGAAGGAUGCCUUGCAUCCCGUACCGAAGCAGCGGAGUCGGAGUCGCUGUAGCAGCCGCAGCGAUUCCAGCGACGGUUCUGCAGCCGAAGGAGGUCGUCGCACCAAACGUCUUGUUCCAGCCUCUGGAUCGCUUCGUGUCACAACUCCAUGUUGGCCGGAAACAAGACCUGCUUGUGUAUCAACGUCUGUGAUGUGGCUUUGCAAGCACUGGAACUUCAGCUACUUGUCCGUGCAGUGCUGCCCAUUUCAUGCCGCCCUGGGGGUUGCCUUUGAGACGCUGAAGACACAGAAGAAGGACCCCUGCAAUCCUUUGUGGAGCCCUUUUACGGGCUGGCAGUGUGACUUCUGCACUGCAAUGAACCACAGGAACUCCGAGCAAUGUGACCUGUGCGGCAGUGGCAGGACGCCUGGUGCGGGAGACUACUCUGGCGAUCUCUCGACGAUGCGUGACCAUUCCUCGGAGCCCUCGAUGAGCGAAGACCUAGUCAUCGAGAGGUAA